AUGGUCAACGAGCCGUGGCGCUUUUGCCUCCUCGCCUUUAAGAUUGCGUGGGAUAGGGAGUUUGCAUCCGUGAUUCAAGAUGCUCUGCCGAGUCACGUCGAAAUGCUCUCGAUCUUUGAGAGUCCCAAUUCUGAGCUUGUGUCGGCAAUGCACCGCGAUCCGCCGUUGGGCCAAAUUAUCGAUGAUAACAUGACGGCAGGUGCCGAGCUAGUCAGGGCCCUGGUCUUGAGAAGUUGUGACCUCAAACAUCUCUCAAUCUCCUUCAUGAUUGACGCCCGACAAUUUUUAGGACUUUUUGCAUUCAAGUCAUUGCUGCCACAAAUUACAAUCGCUCACACUCACGGCGUCGAUCCUCAAGAGAGAAUCCCAAAUAAGCGAGGAGAGGCGUGUGCGGUCAUCUAUCAAAGGGACAGAUCGAACCGGCGAGCUACUCUGACGAGGCGCGGAACAUGGCAUUUUGAGCUGAAUUACGAAGUGAUAGAGUCCUGGAAGAAGGUCGACCCAGAUUUCAUCCUCGGAAUCGAAAACGAGCAGCUACAAGCAGUCAAACAAAACGGUGAUGCCAUCUACCACUUACGUUUGCCAGGGGAGGUUAUCGAUCCAAGUUCUGCCCGGCAGCUACGACAGGAAGCAUUCGUGGGAGAAGAGAAGAGGUCUGAUGAAAGGGUUUUCAUGUUGGCUCCUCAUUCAUUUCCUAUUGAAGGGUCCGGUCCACAAAAGAUGUAG